AUGUCGGCCAAGCUCUACGUCCUCAUCAGCUGGCCCGACGGCAGCCGGGUGAUCAACAUCGAGAACAUCAAGGAACCCCGCAAGCCCUUCCACCUCUACGUGGUGGGUGAGCAGGUGCUGGCCCGCUGCCCCGGCUUCAGUGGGCUCUACUGGGGGAUGGUGGAAGGCAUAAGCGAAGAAGAACCCGCCGUCCACAGCAUGAUGCCACCCCAGCCGAAAAAAUCCAGGAAAACCUUCCCAAAAUGGACCCCGGGGAACGCCUCCAGGAAAUGCCACGGCGACAGGACUUACCCUGCCAAGCCGCUGCUGAGGGCGGCCGAGGCCAGCCUGCCCCAUGACGCCGGCAGCUCCUCCAUCCUCAAGGAGAGACGCGCCCUGGGCAACGCGGCAGGAAGCCCUCGCUCGCUGGCAGGGCUCCCGCACCCAGCCAGUGCCUUCACACCCCCAUCCACAUUUGUCACCAUGGCCAUGCCAGGGACUUCCCAGGGUGAAGAGGACAGGGCUGGUCCAGCUACUAGAGAUUACGUAUCCCUGCCGAUGAAGAGGAAGUCCGAUGGCAUCUUGUCCCAGUGCCAGCAGCGCAUCUGUCUGAACAGCUGUGAAGAGCGAAAGCUGGACGCUUUGCAAGAGACAGAUGACUUCGAGAGAGUUCAGAAAAAUUUUGGUCCUGGUGAAAUGGAAAGGGCGGAGAAGAUAAAUCAGCUGGAGAGGCUGGUGUUGGACCUCCAACAGGACGUUCUCUCUCUGAAGAAGAAGGUGCAGAGGCUGGAAUCCCUGUCCUUCCAGGAGGAGCCCCACCGGCAGCCGUGUGAGGUGGUGGAACUCUUCAACGGCUACACCAAGGAACAGCUCAAAGAGACCAUCCGGUUUGACCAGAAGAUCAGCACAGCCUGCAAGACACUGCUCUACAAGCUCUUCACGUCCGACUACAUCCAGAGCCACUCCAUCACGGGGCGGAGGGGCAAUACUUUCCGAGAGGCGAAGCCCAUGAUGGACGAACGCUGCAUCAAAAUCAUUAGGGUGCUGUUGAAACAGAAGUUUGGAGAUCACCUCAGUGACACCGUAAUCACGGAGAAGAUACAAAACGUGCAGAAAGCCCUGAGGCAGAAGUUUAAGACAGAAUGUCUCUGAUGCACGGGCG